AUGCAGCAAAUAGGACUACCAAAAUGGUUUUUUUGUUACUGUACCAUUGUUCUACAAAUUUACGUUUUGCAUGCCUCCGAACUGCAGAAUCAGGAAGCCAUUGAAAAAGUUACUAUGGACACCAUCGAUUGGCCUGGUUUGCUAACAAAUCUACGCGACAGCUGGCAAUCGCCGCUUUCAUACUUACAAAAGCGUGGCUAUCUUCCGCCGGGCAAUGAGAAGCUGUUAGCACAGAAAUUGAAUGAGCUACGUGGAAUGAGUGCCAAUGAACUCAGAAAUGAUGAAAAUCUUAAGGUGGAAACGAACGGCGAUGCCUACGCUUCGCCAGGGAGUAGGGCGAAUGCGCGUUUACACCCGAGCGAUUUAAGCGCAGCUGAGACUGAUAUGCAGAGUAGCGAUGGCGUCAUUGCAACGUACGGUGGUCAGCAACCACAAGAAGCGAUAGACAAUCUUCUGAAAGAGUUCUCAUUAGAUGCACAGCCCGAUUCAGAUACCGAAACAGAUCUAGAAUUUGAAGAAGACGUAGAGAGUUUCAAGAAUAAUGAAGCAAAUGCUCGUGGGAAAAAGCCACACACAGGCGGGGUAAAAUCCAAUUCAAAACAUAAAUGCAAACUUAAGAAUAAGUCGAGAACAAAGAGCCAGCCAGGAUUCUUUAAACGCAUAAAGCAAAAGUUAUCUUCAAUAUUUACAAAUUCCAAAAAUGUGGACUCAAAAAUAGAUGCCAUCAAAAAGCCAUGUCUCACGCCUGAUUAUGCGAACUAUUUUGUCAAGUACUUGGCAAAUAAAGACCUGAAAGGGCAAUACGCAGGUAUAAAAAAAUAUGGGGAAAAGGGUGUGCAUAGAAGAGACCAGAGUGGCAAGGAUUUAUCGAAGCAAGACUUGACUUCUCAAUCCACGAACCUUAACGAUGACACAGCGCAUGUUAAAGAUUUUUCUUUAAACUCAUUUCCAUUCCAAGAUUUCAAUUUGGGCGAUUUAAAUUGGAAGAAGGUGCUAACGAAAGGCACUCGGAGCCAGUCGAAUGAUAAUAAAUUGUCAGAUUUGAAGAACUUCAAUUCGCAAGACGAAGAAUUGAACAAGAUUGUGCACAGUUUGGCAGAACAGCAAUCGCCUGCAAAAGAUUUGCCCGACACAAAGAUUGAAAAGUGGGAACCCAAAGAGGAUUUUAAUUUGAAAGAAUUUUCAUUCCCGAAAGAUGCUCAAAAUAAGCUUCACGACAAUAGUAAUUCGCUGCAAAAAGAGCUCGCGCCCAAUUUCGAGGGGAAAAAUGUAGACAAUGCUGAAAAAAAUGGCGAAGCAGCGUCAGCAGUGAAUGAUCUUACACUGCCGCAUACAAAGAAUUCGGAUAUUAGUAUAGAAGACAAUUGGAGUAAGGGCGCGAACUUAAACGAUUUCGAUUUCUCAUUGCCCGCUUUAAAAUUGAAAAAUCUCACAGCCCCUGCAACAGAUACCGCAGCCAAAGACGCAGGUGUAAAAGAUUUCGGCAACUUGGGCAUGCCCAGCAUUAAAAUGAAGAUUCUCGAAUCGCUUGCCGAAGAAGCAGCAGCCAAUGCCGACAUUGAGCAUAUUUCACAUCAGCCUUUAAAGUACGGAUUUGAUGCAAAAAGUACCGACAGCGAUGCUAAGGAUGAGCUAACAAAUGAGGGUAACUCAAAUGAUUACGGUGCGCGGCUACUCGAUACUUACAAAAUGAAUGCGAAAAACCUCAACGGAGAUGCCAACAACCAUGCGGGUGCGAAAGAAGCGGAUGCAAAAAACUUCGAUUUUGGUAGCUUUACAGCAAACAAUAGAAAUUACCUGGAUCUGGAUCGACAAUUUACGCGGCAGGUGGUGGAAAAUAUUAUACGCAAGGAAAGGAAGGGUUACAGUCACAAUGAUAGGCCCGACAAAGAGUAGAAGGAAAAAAUAUGUGGAACUGUAAUGCAAGAGAUUUUUUCGUAGUUGUAUUGAUACUUAAAACAGUUGGCUAUUUAAAUAAUGUUUACUAUUAACGAUUUAUUUAAAUAAACACAGAUUAUCUUACA